GACACCAGGCAAACGCCUCUCUCAGUGACCAGUCUCGACACGAAAACUCAUCAGCCGAGCUUCUUCGGAUCUCUCACACGAACGAAGAAGAGAGAGCACACAUUCCCCAAGCAUAUAUCCCGGAUUAUCAACGUCGGUCAUUGGGAUUGACAUUUCGUGUUAAGUCGAUCGUACAUCAUCUCGGACGCAGAAUGUCGCAGCAGAUCCUUCCGCUCGUUCUGGUGCUCCUGGUUGCGCAGGGCUCGCUGGGCCAGAAACAGGGCCAGGAGGACCCGUGCCAGACGAAAUCGCGGGUCGUAGGCGACAUCGAAUACUGCGAUCGCUACUGGGAGUGCGUGAACGGCCGUCCCGAGCUGUUCGACUGUCCGAACGGUUUGGUGUUCGCCGGCAAGCACCGCGGCGUUACCGAAGGCUGCGAUUAUCCCUGGCGGGCGAACUACUGCGAUGGCAAACGCCAGGCGAACCCGCCGAUCUCGACCGAACACUGCGACUGGCUUUACGGCAUCUUCGGCCACGAGACUUCCUGCACCAGGUACUGGACCUGUUGGAACGGCACCGCCACCGAGCAGCUCUGCAUAGGCGGUCUGCUCUACAACGAGAGGGCCAGAUCCUGCGACUGGCCCGAGAACGUCGAGGGAUGUCAGAAGCAUCCUCUCUGCAAUGACGACGCCAACGGUAACGUGCCUCUGGGUAAGUCGUGCAAUCGUUACUGGCAGUGCCAGGGUGGUUAUCCGCGGCUGCAGCGCUGCCCGGCGAUGCUGGUGUUCGACAGACGGUCGCUGAGAUGCGUGGUGCCGCCGACGGAGGACUGCGACGUGCCGACGACGCCGCCGCCCGUCGAGGGCGAGUUACCCGAGGGUCGCAACGAGCAGGAAUCCGAGGAGGAGAAUCUGCCGCCGGGCGUGCCACCCUUGCCAUCGGGCGCGCUGCCGAUCGCUCUGCGACCGCGAGCCAGAAACUAAAGUUGCGGCGGGUCCUGUCCAGACCGAAGGAAGCAACAGGAGGUGGUCCCUCUUCGACGAGUCAAGUCCCGGAGAUCGAAAACUCGCCGAUCAUCGAUCAAUUUUAUUUUUAGAGAAGCUCCUUUCUCUGUCUUUCUCUUUUUCCCUAUCUCUCUCUCUCUCUCUUUCUUUCUUUUUCUCUUUCUUGUCGACCUUCCUCUCAUGAUCUUUGUAGUUCUUUAAGUCUAGAAUCGAAUCUUUAACGUAGAGAAUCGAAUUGGCGAGGGUUUUAGCAGUUUUAGAUUUUUACGCGCCGAGUAGACAUUUUGUUUUUCUAGUUCUUUUCUCUGUUCACACACAAUCGCGAAGUUUUAAUUUUAAUUCUGAACAUAUAUUUAUUACUUCUUUUGAACAUUAGAUAUUUAUUUCGAGUUUUUGUUUUUUUUUUUUUUUAUUGAAGUUUAGAAGUGUUGAUUGUAAUGAAAAUUUUAAGCACCGUUGAUAAAGUUAUGUUACAACUAAAAUCACACAAAGUUGAUAGAAGACGACACGUAAAUGCAGGAAUUGUGUUUGAAACAAAAACGAUCGUUAUAGUCUAUAAAAAUAUGAAAAAAGAAUUUCGAAGAGUUGAUUGAACACAUUUCCAAGGACCGAGACUUGUCGAUCUAUCGAUCCAUUGAUCCAUAUCGAUCGAUAUCCCAUUUAUUGAUCGGUAUUGAUCUAUUGAUCCAUUUGUAUUAUUGUGACCCCGAUCGAGCUUUUUUCCCCCUCCCGAGAACGGAGACUCACGUAUUCUCACGUAUUUAUCAAUUGAUAAAUGUUAAUCGCGAACAUCUCUCACAGUUGUUUUUCAGUUUCUCAGGACCGUUCACGUCUCUCUAUUCUCGUCUCCGUCGUCUCAUUGGUCGAGAUGUAAAUAAUUCCUUCUAUCUCUUCUCUCUUCUCGUAAUCGUUAAGGUUCGUAUCGUGUACAUGUAGAUCGAUUGGAAUAAACUGUACGUUGUAUAUUUUUUA